GUUACCAGUGAGAUUUCGCACUACAACAGGUUCCCUUUCCGAAAUGGAUUGGCGUCUAUCAUCGAUCAGUAGGAGGAGCGUGACUCGUCUCAACUUUUACGUAUGUCACUACUCCACCCGUCCCAGCAACACAUAAGAACCCGAGGAAUCAGUGUAGGCUGCCGUUCACGCAUCAAUGAUACCCCUCAUCAUCUACGACAUCCCUUCCAAACUUGAUGGGACCUAUUGGUCUGACAAUAUCACGAAGUCGAGGUUUGUCCUUGGCUACAAGGGCCUUCCCUUCCAGGUCGAGUGGGUGGAACUUCCAGAUAUCGCUCCGAGAAUGAAAGAGAUAGGGGCAAGACCAAACAAGCUCGCGGACGGCGAAGAAAUGUACACCUUACUUGUUCUCAGUGAUCCCAACACCGGUGCACUGGUUACCGAUUCCUGGGAGAUUGCUGAGUAUCUCGAGAAGACAUACCCUGAGAAGCCCAUCUUCUCUAACAAGAGCAAAGGUCUCAUAUACGCCUUCGGCAAUGCGGUCAUCAGCCUAAUACUGCCCGCCGCUAAAUUCCCCAUCUUCCGCGCAAGCCAGAUCCUGAACGAGCGCAGCGCAGAAUAUUACAUCACCACGAGGCAGGUAAUGUUUAAGGUGAAGAUCUCCGAAUUUUCUCCCGAGGGGCCGGCACGGGACGAGCACUGGGCUAUUAUUGAGCGGGCGUUCAACACCUACAAGGAGUGGUAUGACGAGGAGGUGGGAACGUGGCUGAUGGGCGACGUCUUUUCUUAUGCAGACAUCUUCACUGGUUCUAUCCUCUCUUGGUUGAAGAGGGUAUUGCACGACGACGAAUGGGAGAAAAUCGUGAGCUGGCACGAUGGGAAGUGGGGAAAGUUACUUGCCGACGUGGAGAAGGAAUGCAAAAAGGUUUAAUUGAGCAAGGAGUCGAUGUGCGCGAGACAAGCUUGCGUGGUACAUAUGUAUGAUUCGAUGUAGAACGGAAGGAAAAAUGAAUUAGUACUCGAAUAAGAACGCCCUGAGCUUCCC